AUGAAAGAUGGUAUUGACUUUACCGAGACAGAAGCAUAUGCAAGGAUAUAUAACUUCAUCCUGAUGGUCGAUGACUCUAUAAAGAGCUCAAAGCAGAAUCAGAGCAGGCAACACAGAGAUCUUCUCGCAAGUAUAGCUGAAAUCAUAAAAGAGACAGAGAAGGACCAGACUCCACAAAGAUAUGCAAAUGCUGCAGCAAAGAUUGUAUUCAAGAGAAUAUGCGAUGAACAUGAUGAUGAGUAUCUAAGAAACUCAUUUGGAAACAAGAUAAGGCUAGAUUAUGGUACUGGACAUGAGCUGAACUUUCUAUGCUAUCUUUAUAAUCAGUAUUGUGAGGGCGCAAUCACCAUUGACUGUGUGUUUACUACUCUCGUAGAAUACUUCGAAGUCGUCAGGCUCUUUGUAACAAAGUUUAACUUGGAGCCUGCAGGGAGCCACGGAAUAUGGGGACUAGACGAUUACCAGUUCCUCCCUUUUCUUUUUGGAUCUUCGGAACUCUGUAAUACAAGGCUCAGGUUUGACGAAUUAGAUGACACCAAAUGCUACUUUGUUGCUGUGAAGAGGAAGUUGGGAGGCUCCUCUCAAAUCCUCAAAAGCAUCAUGGACAAAGAUUGGGCAACAAUCAACAGAGGAAUGAUCCGGAUGUAUGAUGACUAUGUAUUGAAGAAAGACGUUGUGACACAGCACUUCAUUUAUGGAAGAUAUCUGAGAAAAGAAAAAGGCUAG